AUGGACUCACGCUCAGCUGCUGUUAUCACUGCUGCUAUUGAAGAGCAGAAAGCUCAAGAGGCUGCACAUGAAGCUCAAAAACAAUCACAGGGGGAGGUUCAAACAUCAAAAGAAAGCACCAAUAAUGAAGUGGUAUCAGAGGAACAGCACCGUGAAUUACAACAACUAGCUCAACAACAUCAAGCUCAACAGGAAGCCGAGCAACACUCUGUGCAAUCUGAAACAAAUCAAAGGGGCGAACAGCCUCAAGAUGAACAACAACAUCAAUUUCAAGUUAUGCACCAACAGCUCAAUAACCAUUUGAAAAAUGAAGUAACAGAUAAAAAAGCUCUCCCUAGAAAAUCAACACAAAGGCCUUUUCAAGUGGACCCCGACCUCAAUGUUGCCGUUGGUAUAGUUCAAGAUAUUGUUGGUCCUAGAGCUAAUCAUACUUCUUCAUCUGGUCAACCGGAACAACAAACACAACAAUAUGAAACUGGUUCUGAUGUGACAGAGGCACCUCUCUGCUCAAGAUGUAAAAAAGAGUUUGCUCCAUCUUUAGAUGGGAAAACAUUCAAGCUUUGUCCACAUUGUCGGGAAUUGCAAAGACAAAGAUCCAGAAGAUGGCAACAAAAAAUCAAACAAAAAGAAGGUGCUUGUAAAAGAUGUGGUGCAAAUAUUCCACAAACUGAGACCACAUAUGUCUUAUGUCCUCCUUGUCGUUUGAAUUUAAGAACCAGAAAAGCAACCAGAUAUGAAAGUGGUAAAUGUGUUCAUUGUUCAGGAAUUAAUGACUCCACAGAGUUCAAAGUAUGUACAAGAUGCAGAAACAAUGAUAAGAUGAGAAGAAAGAAUCUUGAAGAUAGUGGCUGCUGUAACCGUUGUGCCAACCCAUUGAAAGCAGAGGAUGAAAACCAUAAAGUUUGUAAUACUUGCAGAUCAAGAAAGAAGAAUAUAGCUAAAGCUCAUCAAAAUUCUCAACAUCCAACUGCUUCUAGUACAGCUCCAAACACAGCAGAUCAAAACAUCAAUUAUCAACAGCAAUUUGCACAACAAGCACAACAACUGGAAGCAAACUUGUUUGCCCAAUAG